GUGAACCCGGGAAAACGUACAGUCAGCGAUGUCUGUUACUCGCAAUCGAGCUGUUGAAAACUGCAAAUCAAUCCUCGACCGUUUGGCUGAAGGGCUGAAAACAACCAGACAACUAACUGAAGACACUCUAACCGACGUCAAUGGAGACGCCGAGCUUGACAAGCAAACCACAGAGCUAAAGGAGUUGCUCACGUCUUACGACGACCUGCAGCAUGACGUGGAGCACAUGGCACGCGCUCUAAUCGAAGUCACUCGCACUGGCCAGACGCAUGAUGGAAACAGCAGCGACCUUGAAAAUGUAUUCAUGACCAAACUGAGCCAACUGCGAGCUGAAGAAGGAGAGAACGAAGAAGGUAACAGUCAGGACGACGUGGUUAUGUCUCAAGUUCGGGAAACUUAUAAGUGUCCUAUUACUCAACGAUUGAUGGAGGAUCCUGUCACCAAUAGUGCUUGCAGUCACAGCUACUCGAAGGCCGCCAUCCUCCAACUGCUGCAGCAAAGAGGUUCAGGUCGGCUUCGAUGCCCUGUGUGUGGAGACCGAGUUUUUCAGCAGAAUCUAGUGGCGGACAAAGAAAUGGAGAGACAGAUUCGUCGGUACAAGAGACAGUUGUAGAAUCGAAAUGAAGAUACCAGUGCUUAGAGAAAACAAAGUAGACUAGCCAUUAAGAGUUUUAAUUAAGUUUGUUGAAUUAGCCAUUUUUGGUUGUAAAAGUAAGUGUUGACAUAUUUAGAGUUGAUUUAGUCCUGUGGAAUUAA